AUGUGGUACUAUGAGAACAACAUUGUCGGCACCCUCAAUAUCCUGAAGUCCAUGGAAAAGCACGGCUGCAAGGCUGGGAAGAUGUCGGAGGUUGACGCGGACGUGCAAGGCUCAGGGGCGAGCGAGGUGGCGGCGGCCCUGCGGCAGCUGAAGACGGGGAACUUCAACUCUGGGCAGCAAGCGGGGCCCCAGCCCAACUUCCAGCGGCCGCGGCCGCCACCGUUAUGGGAGCCCAACAAGGCCCCACGGCUUGGUCCCGGGCCGCAGAUGCCUGGGCCUGGCGGGCCAAGACCUCACCAGCCACCUGUAGGCCAGAUGCCUCUCAACCUGGGGAGGCCACCUGCGCCAGGCAUCGGAGCCCCGCUGCCCCCUGGUGGCCUCGCUGCGCUGCGGCCAGACACGGGGCCAGUGCCAGGUGUCCCUGGACAGCUGGCGAUGCCAGCAUUGCCGGGGUACCCAACAUCGGCGCCUUCGGCUCCAACCGUCGGGGCGUCGGCACCGGGCGGCUUUGUGACAGGUGCAGGGGCAAGCAUCGGCAGCUCGGCGCCGGCCGCGGCCACGGCGCCAGGCUCUGCUGCUGCAGCAAUUGCAGCAGCUGCAGCUGCAGCCACUGCGGCCAACAAGCUGACGGAGGUGCUGGAGAUUCCACAGAGCGCAGUUGGAACACUCAUCGGCAAGAAUGCGUCGACCAUCAACGCCCUAAAGACAUACUCAAAGGCCCACUGCUUCGUUGAGCAGCACACCCCCACAGAGGAGAAGGCGAAGGUCACCAUCAUUGGCUCCCUUGCAGAGGUCGACGUUUGCAAGAAGGUGGUGCUGGGCAUCGUGGAUGGAUCUCUCAGCCCACAGGUUUUGAUCCAGCUGGCCGCCCAAGCGGCUCAAGCCCAAGCGCAGGCGCCCCCCGCCCUGACCUUGCCCGGAGCCACCGCGCCCGCGCUGGCCCUGCCUCCGGGGCUGAACCUGGGAGCAGGCCUCGCCGGCCUCAGUCUUCCAGGUGGCACUGGGCCCCCGCUGGGCACCCCGAGCCCUUUGGCGAGCCUGACCGCGCCGCAGAGCCUACCUGCUCUGGCCGGCCUGGACACCAGUGCGGCAGCUCACGCUGCAGCACUGCAGGGCACCGAUCUCAAUGAGUACUACGCACGGUGGUGGUCUCAAUACGGAGCAGUCGCCCAGAAGGGAGGCGAUGAGGCAGCAGCGGCAGCCCAGGAGGCCCCCAAAGCGGCGGCAUUCGACAAGGAUGCGCUGAAACGACUGGCCGAGCAGGCGGCAAAGAAUGCUGAAGUGGAGGAGCAGGAAGCUCAACAAAAGGAAGCGCACGACAAGGCAGCACAAGAGGUGGCAGCGGUUCAAGCCGUCGUGGCGCAGCAAGCUGCGCAGGCAGCACAAGAGGCGGCCCAGGCCAAGGCAGCCCAGGCAGCGCAGGCAGCCCAAGCGGCGCAGCAAGUGCAGCAACAGCAGGCGCAGCAAGCAGCAGCCGCCCAGGCGCAGGCCAAGGCACAGGCGGCGCAGGCCCAGGCAGCGCAGGCGGCCCAGGCAGCACAAGCGGCACAGGCAGCGCAAGCGGCGCAGGCAGCGCAGGCGGCACAGAUCGCCCAAGCACAGCAGGCGCAGCAAGCACAGCUGCCGCCAGGGAUGCAUGUUCCUGGCAUGGGGGUGCCGGGCGUGUCGCCGCCCCCUCCUCCACCGCCUGCGGGCACCGCGGCCGCGCCGCCGGCCUUCGACUUGGAGGUUCUGAAGCGUCUGGCCGCCGGCCAAGCGGCCCCGCUGGCGCAUACCAUGCCCGAGCCGAUGCAGCCGAUGCCGAUGCAACCGAUGCAGCCGAUGCAACCCAUGCAGCCCAUGCAGCCGAUGCAGCCGAUGCAGGUGCCCAAGGCGACGCCCAAGGCCAUGGGCUUCUCCGGGUUCACCCUGCAGUCGGCCGCGCCCGCCCAGCGGGACAACGACUCGGUGCAGAAGAUGCUCGCCAGGUUGCAGGGCAACGUGCAGGGGGCCAAGCAGGCCUUGUCGGCCACCGGAACGGGCUCUGGCCCCACGCCCAGCUUCCAGCUGCCCUUCGUCCAGCCGUCGAAGGGCGGAGCGGCCUUGAGCGGCCUGGCGGAUGCGGACUGGGAGCCCUUGCAAGAGAGCAUCCGCACGGCGACCAGCAGAUCCGAGAUCGAGGAGGUCAGCCGGGAGUUCCUCAAGAAGUUCGCCCAGCUCAGCGUCGAGCAGAUCGCAGAGCUCGUCAAGCUCAUGGAAGCAAAGGCGGCGUCGUAUCCCAAGGACUUCUACACCGAGCUGGGCUCCAUGCUGGGGCACAAGCUGAAGUCCGCCACCUCGCCGCAGUUGGCGAUUGCCAUGAGCGCCUUCCUCUACUGGGCUCCCGAGGGCCGGCAGCGCUUCAUCGACUGCAGCAGGGACUUCCUGGCGGUGGCCGCCGCAGAGGUGCCUACAAGGCUCAUGGAGCUGGCGCCCCAUGAGCUGAACUGCUGCCUGGCGGGCCUGGUGUCGUUGGGCUGCACGGACCACAAGUUCUUCGUGGCCGUGGGCAAGUCCGCCCAGGCGAGGCACAAGACCUUCGGACCCAAGGAGCUCACUUCGCUGCUGGCCAUCCUCUCAGAGGUGCGGCUGGUGCACGUGGACCUCUUCACCUCCGCGGCCCAGUUUAUCUCCACGCGGGUGCGGGAGCUGCGGCCACAGGAGCUGCUGCGUUGCGUGCGCUCGCUGGCACGGUGCGGGGUGAAGAACGAGGCCUUCUGCCAGGCCGUGGCGGAGGAUGUGCUGGGCCGCUGGGCCAAGAGCAACUCGGGGUUCCGCUGCGAGGACCUGGUGGAGAUCUGCUGGACCUUUGCGCUGCUGGAAGCCUAUCACCACGAGCUGCUGCAGCUCAUGUUCCAGGUGCUGCGGGAGACGCAGAAGGUCCCAGCGGACGCAUUGUGCCAGCUCUAUGAGCUCCACCUGUCUCUGGAGGCAGAGCACAAGGAGCGCUACGCCCCCCUGCGGAUAGAAGACAAGGCCGUGAGUGCCUUGCUGGAGCACUACAAGGAGAACCGCCGGGAUUGCCGCCGGUGCUCUGAGAAGGUGCGGGCAGAUAUCUCCGCGGCGGUGAAGGGGCUUUUAGAGGGCCACGCCUGGCGCCCAGAGAUACUGAGCCUGGCUCAAGAUGACCGUGCCUUGCACUGGCUUCACAUGGCGGCUUCCAGUUUGAGCCAUUUGCUGCAAGUCGAGCUGGUAGUGAAGUUGCUGUCCAAAACCGCCUCGCGGGAGGUGGAGGUCCAGGACCGGGUAGUCAGAGGCCUAGGCGUGGUGGCGGCCGGCCUUGACUUCCCGGCGCCUGUGCUGCGGGAGGCCUUGGCCACGUGGCGAAGUCGUAGCGCGCCGGACGCGCCAAAGGGGCCGACGGGGCUGAAGGUGGGCGCUUCCGCGCCGAAAAAGGCCAAGCCGGGCAAGCGCAAGGCGGACGCGAAGGCGGAGGCAGGCAAAAAGAACCCGCGGCUGGCGAAAAGCGCCAACCCGCAGAAAGCAACGCCUUCCCCCGAGCUGACCACGCUCAGCGUCCAAGCGCUGAAGGCUCGGCUGGAGGCGCACGGCUUGGAUGCCCAGUGCCUGGAGAAGGCCGAGCUGCGGGCCGUGUGGGAGAACUUCGACAAGUGCCGCAAGCGGCCCUUGCCCGAGCUGCAGGCGCGCUGCGAGCUCGAGGGCCAACGCUUUGCGACCGUGGAGGAGUGCGCGAGAUAUUUGACACGGCCACGAGGCGCUCGGCCCGCGGCCGCGCCCUCUGCGCCUCCGGCACCCGCUGCACCUCAGGAUGCCAAGCGUGAAGCAGGCCGCAUUAUGCUGCUGCGGAGGGACUCCUUCCCAAGCCCGAUGUCUUGGGGCUUUGCAGUCCUGGGGCUUCCCCCUGCCACCAAGGAGGUGCCCGCGGUGCAGAGUGCCUACCGCUGCCUCAUGCGGAAGCUGCACCCAGACCGGCUGCGGGGGUCGGAAGGCGAGAAGGAGGCGGCAAACUCCGCUGUGGAGAAGGUGCGGGAGGCCAAGGAGGCCUGCGAGCGCGGGCUGUCGCGGCAGCAGGCGCCGCCGCCGCCGCGGCAGCUGCGCUCGGAGGCGCUCUGCGGGGACCGCGGCAGGCGGCGCUUCCGCCUCGCCUGGCAGCCGCCGGUGGAGCGCGAGGCGCAGCCCGUGCGGAGGUAUGUCGUGGCGGCCUUCGACCCGGCCUACGGGAAGGCGCUGACGGUCACCGUGCUGGAGCCGGACUACAGCCAGGAGCUGCGAAGCUUCGUGGGCAUCGAGCACUUGACCUCCUACGUGGUUUCGGAGGAGGAGUUGCAAAAGAUGCCCAAGAUUUGGACGCAGAAGACGCUUCAGGUGCAGGUGGCCGCCGCCAAUGAGGCCGGGCAGUCGCGCUGGGCCACGCUGCAGAUCCCCCUCGCCGGGCCCGGCGCGGGGGCCGCCGGGCCACCCGCAGCGCCGCCGGCGGUUCCGGCGGCGGAUCCGGCGCCGGCGGCUCCGGCGGAAAGCGCCGGACCGGGGCGCGCGGCCGGGGUGCGAAAGGAGCUGGAUCCCUCCCAGCUGAAGCGCUUCGACGAAGACCUGCGGAAGCUCCGGGGCUCGGCGCCCUUGAGAGGCUUGAUGGAGCCGCUGAACAAGCGGCUGCUGCAGGAGUGGCUGCGCUCCAAGAACUGGUCCGCGCUGGGAUCGAAGCAUGACCUGGUGGAGAGGAUCAUCUUCAUCCGCGAGGCGAUGGUGGACUGA